CGUCUCAAGCAAUACCUAACGUUAUCAAACUUAUAAGUUCCCCAGCGCUGUACUGUGAAGUAUGCCAAGGUGUAAGGUUUCGCUUCUCUGAUUGUACACGACUGUUGUUCUAGAACCUUGGUUUAUUUAGAUCACAGCUUCCACUGCUUUCAACUGGAUCUUUUCGGAGAAUGUCGGCCUUGGUCGCAACGUACCCUCCUCUCGGACAAGUCACGAUAUUGGACAGCUCCAGCGUGACAAUCCAUGCUGUCCUGGAAGUUCCCCGCGAACUCGCCGCCGCGACACCAUGGCAGCUCGCGCUCUGGCACUCGAACGAUGACGGAGGCGAGUGGACCGAGGCCGAGUUUGCGGCUGCUGUGACGGACGACGACCGAGUCACGGACUUACACCUGGCCAACGAGUCGGCUACCAGGCUGUACUUCACGGCUAACGUGGUCGUGGGCUCCUCGCUGCGAUUCACUGUCAAGUUCCGGCAGAGGGAUGGCCAGGAGUGGCGCUGGGCUCGCAGCGAGCAAGGCUCGGACGACGGCGUGGUGGUGAUCAAGAAGAAACCCACUCGGGACAGUGACCCCGAGGAUCUGCCAGACUUGAUCCAUGACCUGAACCCAGCUCUCAGCUGGAAGAGCCUCACGAGCCAGGCUCCGGGAACUCGGCUGUGGUCCAUUGAGGCAGCAGUGGACGGGACGAAGGACAACGAGUCGUCGUAUGCCGAUGUUCCCCUCGGCAUCCCUUGGGGCAGGUUUCUCAGAUGGUUUGCCUUGGUCCGGCCCUGGACGCCGUGGCUUGCGCCGAGGCAGGGGAAGACAGAGCUGCAACUGGACAAGGAUGCACUUCUCUGCUCGUUCCUGUCCCCUCAGGGCAAGCACAUGGUUUUUCUCGGCAUGAGUGCUGUCGAUGAUGUUAUCACCCUCUUCCGCAGCAGUGACUCCAACCGCUUGGCCUUCCAUAUCCGCAGUGACAACCCGAAGCCGACAACAGGAAUCGCCCUGGUUGCUGUGGGGGACGACAUCGAGAGCACGAUUGCCGCCGUCGUGUAUCAUGCCCGUGACCUGGUCUCGGCAACCAUUAUGGCAGCAGCCGAAGGUUCGGCCGAAACCCCGGCGGGGGGUGACGUCCAGGCGCAGUGGUAUGAAACCUGGUAUGAUGGCUUAGGAUAUUGCACCUGGAACUCGCUAGGCCAACAGCUGACGGAAGAGAAGAUCCUAACAGCACUGGACGCCCUUGCGGAGAACAACCUCAACAUCUCCAACCUGAUCAUCGACGACAACUGGCAGGACAUCGACCACAGGGGAGACAGCCAAUGGCAACACGGCUGGAAUGACUUUGAGGCCGAGCCAAAGGCCUUCCCCAGAGGACUCAAAGCACUCGUCUCCGACAUCCGCUCCAAACACCAAAACAUCCAGCACAUCGCCGUCUGGCACGCUCUCCUCGGCUACUGGGCCGGCCUCGCCCCCAACGGCCCGCUCGCCAAGCGGUACAAAACCGUCUCCGCCGUCCGCGACGACCCCGCCAAGGACCAGCUCCCUGUCGAUGGCAAGAUGACGCUCGUCGCCGAAGAGGACAUCGCCGCCUUCUACGACGACUUCUACCGCUUCCUGUCCGCCAGCGGCGUCGACGGUGUCAAGACGGACGCGCAGUACAUGCUCGACACGCUCGUGCCCGCCGACCUCCGGCGCACGCUCACGCCGGCCUACCUGGACGCCUGGGCGCGCGCCGCGCUCCGGCACUUCCCCGGCCGCGCCAUCUCGUGCAUGUCGCAGGCACCGCCGGUGCUCUUCCGCGCGCAGCUGCCCGACGCGGCGGCGCGCCGCCCGCCCUGCGUGCUCCGCAACUCGGACGACUACUUCCCGGGCGACCGCGCGUCGCACCCGUGGCACGUGUGGGUCAACGCGCACGCCGCGCUGCUCACGCGGCACCUGCCCGCCGCCGUGCCGGACUGGGACAUGUUCCAGACGGCGCACGGAGACGGAGACGACAACGGGUACGCGGCCUUCCACGCGGCCGCGCGCUGCGUCAGCGGCGGGCCCGUGUACAUCACGGACGAGCCGGGCCGGCACGACGCCGCGCUGCUGGCGCAGGUGAGCGGGGCGACCCCCCGCGGCAGGACGGUGGUCUUCCGCCCGGCCGUCGCCGGCCGCGUGCUCGACGCGUACGUCGGCUACGGCGAGCCCGCGCUGCUCAAGGUCGGCGCGUACCACGGCCGCGCGGGGCGCGGCACGGCCAUCGUCGGCCUGUUCAACGUGGUCGAGCGGCCCGUCGCGGAGGUCGUCCCGCUCGCGCGGUUCCCCGGCGUGGUGGCGGAGCAGAGCUACGUCGUGCGGGCUCACGGCAGCGGCAGGGUGACGCCGCCGUUGCGGGUGGGCGCGCCGGCGUCGCUACUGGCGGUGUCGCUUGGGGUGAGGGGCGCCGACGUGCUCUGUGCGUAUCCCCUGACCGAGGUCGAGUCGCGGACCAGAAGGCGGGUGCUGCUGGCGAAUCUGGGGCUGGUGGGCAAGAUGACCGGGUGCGCGGCGGUGCUGAGGACCGAGUUUGAGGUGCGCGAGAACGGGAGACUGCUGGUUGAUGCGACGGUGAAGGCGCUGGGGGUUCUGGGCAUCUACAUCUCGGUGCUGCCCGAACUGUCGAUCCAGGACGACUUCAUGGUCACCAUUCAAGGCCAGCCGAUCCCCUCGCAUACUGUCACCGUCAACAAGGACGACCAGCACGUCCUCGACGUGGACAUCGAGACGGCAUGGCGGAAAAUGAAGCUGGAGAGCGGGUGGGCGAACGAGGUAGAAGUGAAGGUCUAUUUUGCUUUGGAGAGGAAGUGAUUCGAGUCCUCAUCUCCGCCAUGAUGUCAUGCGGGGCUUGCUGCUUGGGAGACCGUGAGAUUGGAUAAGCUACUCCGGGCCGGCCCCCCAACACCGUCCCGGUUUGUUGACCCGGUCUUCAACGGAUUGGUCAACCCCGAAGGACUGGUGGUUGUGACUAUCACUCGGGCGGGAGGGGCAGUGGCAAGACCACAUGGACGGGUCCAACAUCGUCAUUCGCCUCCAGAUGGCGGCACCAGGCUCGGGAGGCGUCACAUGUAUUCCGUAACGGGUCCAGAUUGCGGGCGCACGCUGCCAGCGGCAGGGGGGAAUGGCGGGGGUUGGUGGGCCCUAGCUUGUCAACUGGCAAGCGCCAAGCAGGUAUUCCGUAGUUGAGUGAGAGGCGAAGCCCAGGUGGCACGGUGAACACCUGACGCUGGUCUGACAAAGUCAAGAAGUUGGAUGUGUUGGAUGUGCAGGCAGGAUUGAAGCAUCAAAUGAGAAAAAAAGACGGAUGG